ACGUCACAAGUGAGGAUUAUCUGUGAAUCGUGAUCGAAUGUAAAUUGAAUGUAAAUUGAAAGCAAUUGUUCUGUUCCAAUUCGUGCACGUUGCUACACUUUGUGCAUUUCUGUGUACGUUAAGCAAUUGGAAACCAUCUAAUGUUACCUUAGAAAUAAAGAUAGCGAGAUAAUCUCGCCAGAUUCUUUUCAUUUUUAUCACAAUGACAAUAAACAACUAGAAUGAAUAGCUUAGGUUUAAAUCUAAUUUUAAGAAUGGGUUGUAUAUGCACUAAAGAAAUCAUUACGAUAAACUCAAGGAAAUAUAAAGUUUGUGAACAUCUUGGAGAUGGUGGAUUUAGCACAGUACUUUUAGUUGAAGAUAUCGUCACACAUAAAAAGUAUGCUAUUAAGAAAAUUAUUUGUCAUGGACCAGAAGAUCAACAAUUAGCAACAAAAGAGGUUGAAUAUUAUAAAUUGAUAAAACAUCCAAAUGUUAUAGAAUGUUUAGAUUCAACUUGCAAAGGUACUGCAGAUCCAAUUGUGAAUACAACAAGCGAAAUAUUAAUUGUUUUACCAUAUUAUCAUAAAGGAACAUUAGCUAAUGAUUUGGAACGACGAGCAAAGAAUUGUGAUUAUAUGAAUCCUAUAGAUGUCCUCAACAUAUUUUUACAGAUAUGUGAAGGUGUAAAAGCAUUUCAUGAAGCUAAACCAGAACCUCUUGCUCAUAGAGAUUUAAAAACUGCAAAUAUAGUGCUUAAUGAUGUUGGAGUACCUGUUAUUAUGGACUUGGGUUCUGUAGCAACUGCUAGAGUUAAAGUAUGCAGUACUCAAGCUGCGCGGACUUUACAGGACCUAGCAACUGAGAGAUGUUCCAUGCCAUAUAGAGCUCCAGAACUAUUUAAUGUUGAAAGUUAUUGUAUGGUUGACGAACGAACAGAUAUCUGGUCAUUGGGAUGUAUACUAUACGCAUUAUGUUAUUUUAAAUCUCCUUUUGAUACUGUUUAUGAACGAGGCGACAGUGUAGCUCUUGCUGUGAUGAGUGCGCACAUAAAGUUUCCAGGAGAUACCCCAUAUAAUGAGGAUAUGCAAAAUUUAAUUUUGUUGAUGUUAAAAGUCAAUUCUAUGGAACGUCCGUAUAUAUAUAGUGUAAUAGAAAGUGUGCACGAUACUAUCGCCAAAUUGAAAGCAUAGUCACAUAUCAUAUUAUGACGUAAGAUAUUGCAAUGACUAAAUCACACGUUUAGGAAAAAUAUAUGUAACAUUCAAUUGUUAUGUACAAGAAAGCAGAUAUAAAAUGCAAUUGUGUACAGUAUUACACUGCCUAUAAGCAGUAUAAAAGAUAUUAUGAAACGCAAUACAUAGCAAAUGUAAAAAAAUAUUUCAAAUGAUUAAGUAAAAAAAUAAGAAUAAAAAUAGUAAUGAGAAGAAUGAAGCAUCAUUUAUAAAAUUUUUGAUAAGAGGAAAAAAAUGAAAAUACAUUCCUUAUAUUGUAUAAUGUAUGUUUACAAUAUAAUCAUUUAAUGUAGAAGUAACAUAAGUAAAAAUAAUAUUUUAAUAGUAUGUGCAGUUUUAUAUAUACUAUAUUAUAUAUACUAUAUUAUAAUAAGAGGAGAGAGAGCGAGAGAGAAAGAGAGAGAUGUGCAUGUAUAUACUAAACAUUUUUAACUUAGGGAAAGUUGUACAGUCGCGAACAGUGAGUUUGUGAUACUUUUUAUUUCGAUGAUUUACGGAAGACGCAAAAAAUUUCGCACGAUUCAUCAUCUAUUAAUUAUUAAUGCGUGCAACGAGUGAUAAUGGGAUAAACUAUCAAAGUCAUACAAAAUCAAAGUACAAGGUGAAAUCAAGAAAUGUAUCUUGUGUUGUUGAGACAUACACUUAAGAUAUUAUAAUUAGAUAAGCUAAAUAUAAAAGAGUAAGCCAAAUAGA